UCAAAAUUCAAAAACCCUAAAUGGAAAAUUAGAAAUCAAUAAUAAUAAUAACAAAAAUACCCACGAAGAAUCCCUUAUUUAACCCCUACCCCGCUUUUCAAUUCCCAAAUCCCACACUCACUCUGCCACAGCCAUGGCCCGACCGACACCGCUCCCCCUCCUCCUCCGCGCGGCGGCGGCGCUCCUCCUCCUGCUAACGUGCGCAUCGCCGGCCGUCUCACUCCCCCCUUGCCCACCCUGUGGCUCCUCCCCCGUCCCCUACCCCCUCAGCACCGGCCCCACUUGCGGCGACCCAGCCUACCGGAUCCGCUGCUCCGCCGCCGCUCUCCUCUUCGACUCCUCCAACAACACCUACCCGAUCACCUCCAUCUCCGCCGCCGAUCAGCGACUCACGGUGGCGCCGGCGCCGUUCCUCCCGGACGCCUGCGUCGCCGCCGACCUACCGACGAACGGGCUCCAGCUGGAUCCCGCCGCCCCCUUCAACAUCACCGGGGCCAACACCAUCCUCUACCUCAACUGUACCGCCGCCAUCCUCAACUCGCCCCUCAACUGCACCGCCACCAGCCUCUGCCACGCCUACGCCAACGCCACCGCCGGCGCGUGCCGAUCCACGCCGUGCUGCGCGUUCAGGGCUGGCGGGUCGACGACGGCGUACAGGAUCCGGGUCAGGCAGGCUGGGUGCCGGGCCUACCGCAGCUUCGUGGGCCUGGACCCCGGGUUGCCCGUGGACCGGUGGCCGCGGCCCGGCGUGGAGCUACAGUGGGCCCUGCCCGCGGAGCCCACCUGCGGGGGGCAGGGAGACUGCGGGCCGGAUUCAACCUGUCGGCCCGACCCGAACUCGAACCGCAGGGUUAGGAGGUGCUUUUGCCACUCGGGGUUGAGGUGGGACCCUGUUGCCGGAGUCUGCGUUACAGGUCUGACCUCCGGCCUCGGCGCAACACUCAUAUCAACCCUCAUCGCAUUCCUCGCCUACAAACGCCACCGACGCAUCCGCGACGAGAAGAACCGCAUCGCCCGCGAGCGCCAGCUCAUCCUCAACUCCGGCGGCGCCACCGCCAAACUCUUCACCGGCAAACAAAUCAAACGUGCUACCAACAACUUCUCCCGCGACAACCUCCUCGGCUCCGGCGGCUACGGCGAGGUCUACCGCGCCAUCCUCCUCCUCGACGACCCCACCACCACCACCACCACCACCACAACAGUCGCCGUCAAGUGCGCCAAGCUCGGCAACCCCAAGGGCACCGACCAGCUCCUGAACGAGGUCCGCAUACUCUGCCAGGUCAACCACCGCAGCCUCGUCCGCCUCCUCGGCUGCUGCGUCGAGCUCGACCAGCCCCUUCUUGUCUACGAGUACAUCCCCAAUGGUGCCCUCUCGGACCACCUCACGAACCCCACCCGCCGCGGGCUCCUCUCCUGGACCCGCCGCUUGAGCAUUGCGCGGGACACGGCCGACGGGCUCGCAUACCUCCACUCGUCCGCGGUCCCGCAGAUCUACCACCGGGACGUGAAGUCGAGCAAUAUCCUACUCGACGAGAAGCUCAACGGGAAGGUCUCGGAUUUCGGGCUGUCCAGGCUGGCGCAGGCGGACGUGAGCCACGUCACGACGUGCGCGCAGGGGACGCUCGGGUACCUCGACCCGGAAUAUUACCGCAACUACCAGUUAACGGAUAAGAGCGACGUGUACAGCUUCGGGGUGGUUUUGUUGGAACUCUUGACGGCCCAGAGGGCGAUAGAUUUCUGCAGGGAACCGGACGAUGUGAACUUGGCGAUGUACGUGAGGAGGCUGGUGGACGAGGAGAGGGUCAUGGAGGCAAUUGACCCGGGGCUGAGGGAAGGGGCAGGGGAGCUCCAGGUGGAGACGAUGAAGGCGCUGGCAUUCCUGGCGGUGGGGUGCCUGGAGGAGAAGCGGCAGAACAGGCCGUCUAUGAAGGAGGUGGCGGAGGAAAUCGACUACAUUAUAAGCAGAGUGGGGACCCUUGUGGAGAAACUUGGUUUGCGGUUGACUGAUCCGGCUCAUCCGAAUCUUCAUGGGCUGGGACUCACUGGAAAUCUUGGAGUUCAGCUUUCCAAUUUAAACAGCCUGAAGAAUCUGGAUUUGUCGUUCAAUAACUUCACGGUGAUCUUCCCAGCUCCUUCAGUCUUUGACAAACCUCACACAAUUAAGCAAACUUUCAGGUUUUUGCAGAAUAACCAGUUUAGUGGACCAGUGAUUUUACUUGCCAAUCUUUCACGAUCCUACCUGAAUAUCGAAGAUAGCCAUUUCAGUGGAGUUAUUCCAGGAAACUUUCAAACAAUAGAAAUCUUGUGUGGGAAGAAAAACUCCAGGAUUGGAGGAAAUAAGUUUCACAUGGGACCAAACUACCACCCGCCAUGGAGAUUUCCCUCCGACAAAAAUAUUAGCAGCCCACCAGCUACAAACUUAAGUGCUUUAGAAAUCUAUCCGUUUCAGAAAAUCAAAGAUCACAAGAACAAGAAAAUGCAUAAUACAGUGAGGAUAGUUCUUUUGUUUAUUGGUGGAGUAACUCUGGUUGCGGCAAUUGUGGCCCUUGCUGUAAUAUUACACAAGCAGAGGGUUCGUACGAGCAUAUCGAGAAGUAAACCGCUGGCUUGGGAUGGGCGAAAUAGUCAAAAUUUAUCUCUGGCAUCAGCAGAAUUGCUUUGGCUCCCGCGCACACAGAAAAAAAGAAUAAUCACCCCGAACCAGAUUUGGGGGUAUAUUAUCACCAUUGCAACUGCCAGGAUUGGGUCGGAUCGGAUUACCCUUCAGAUAGAAGCCCUCAAGGCUAUUGGAGUAACCGAAGUUGUCUUGGCAAUUAAUUAUCAGCCAGAGGUAAUGCUGAAUUUUUUGAAAGACUUUGAGACAAAACUUGAGAUAAAGAUUACAUGUUCACAAGAGACUGAGCCUCUUGGAACCGCUGGCCCACUUGCUUUAGCAAGAGACAAAUUAAUAGAUGAUUCUGGCGAACCAUUUUUCGUUCUUAACAGUGAUGUUAUCAGCGAAUAUCCACUGAAGGAGAUGAUUGAAUUCCACAAAUCUCAUGGAGGUGAAGCUUCUAUCAUGGUAACCAAGGUGGACGAGCCUUCCAAAUACGGGGUCGUUGUCAUGGACGAAUCUACCGGGCAGGUCGAGAGGUUUGUCGAGAAGCCAAAGCUAUUCGUGGGCAACAAAAUCAACGCAGGCAUUUACCUCCUCAACCCCUCGGUUCUCAACCGAAUCGAGCUACGGCCCACAUCAAUCGAGAAAGAGGUUUUCCCGAACAUAGCAGCCAAUCAAAAACUGUACGCAAUGGUGCUCCCGGGUUUCUGGAUGGACAUCGGGCAGCCAAGAGACUACAUCACGGGCCUCAGGCUCUACUUGAACUCCUUGAGAAAGAAGUCGGCCCAGAAGUUAUCCUCAGGGGCCCACAUAAUCGGAAAUGUUUUGGUGGAUGAGAGUGCGAAAAUCGGGGACGGUUGCUUGAUUGGGCCCGAUGUUGCGAUCGGGCCCGGUUGUGUGGUGGAGUCGGGCGUGAGGCUUUCCCGUUGCACGGUUAUGCGAGGAGUUCGUAUAAAGAAGCACGCGUGCAUCUCGAGCAGUAUUAUUGGUUGGCACUCGACUGUGGGGCAGUGGGCCCGUGUGGAGAAUAUGACGAUUCUUGGAGAGGAUGUUCAUGUUGGGGAUGAAGUUUAUAGUAAUGGUGGGGUGGUUUUACCUCAUAAGGAGAUCAAGUCGAGCAUCUUGAAGCCAGAGAUAGUGAUGUGAGGUUCAUCGGUGAAU